AUGGCUGGUGAUUAUGUGUUGGGGUGUGACCCGAAAGAAGAUCCAAGAAGGGCGGUCAGUGUGACUCUGGAACCCGACACAGCCCAUCAUGACCCAGCACUGUCUAAAGGUCAAAGACCAGUGACUUACAGACAAUGCCACAAGAAUCUUGAGGCUUCUAUCAAGAGAUUUUCUGUUUUACCCUGUGUCCUGGGCUGUGAGGAAUUUACUUCAGGAAGAUAUUACUUUGAAGUAUCUGUUGAGAACGCAACCUCUUGGGAUGUGGGAAUCUGUGAAGAGGAUGUGUUAAGGGGCUUUGACAUGAAGAAGGAGCCUGAGUUUGGAUUCUGGACCAUCAAGAUGUGUGAAGUGGAUGGGCUUGCAGCCCUCACUUGCACCCCUACUCCCCUUCACCUGAGUGAGAAGCCACAGCUCGUGGGAGUUUUUCUAGACUAUGAGGCUGGAGUUGUAUACUUUUACAAUGCAACCAGAGGUUCCCAUAUCUUCACCUUCCAGGCUUCCUUCUGGGAUAUUCUGAAGCCCUUUUUCUAGGUUUAUGAAAAUACUUCUUUGUUUCUGCCUGCCAGAAUUAAUCAAGGGAAGAAGUAA